CGUCACGUGAGUAUUAUUUCAACAUUCGAUAUUUACCAAGCGCGUGGGGAGUGUGAGUAUUGGAUUAAACGCAUGCUUUUUCAACUGGUGGUUGCAGAAUGGUGUGCAUCUCGUGCAUCGUGGUGCCAGUGGUGCUGUACCUGUGGCACCGGUUCCUGCAGCCGCUGAUGCUGCGCUUCUGGAACCCGUGGGGGGCCGUCGAGCCGAGCGCUGCCGGGCCGGCGCCGGCCGCGGACGGACUCAAGUGUCCGUUCAGCAGCAGGAGCGAGGCGGCCGGCGGCUGCGCGACCGACGCGCACGGCCAGAAGGAGGCCGCCCAGCCGGCCGCCAACGGCACGCACGUCAAGGGCGACUGAUGCGCACGGCCGGCGGGGUAGAGGCUGCGGGUGCUCCGCCGCUGGCGCCGGGCCGGGGCGGGCUGACGACCGCCGCCACUUCGGCGGCCGAGACGAGGCGAGAGCUCGCGGGUGGACGUGCGUGUGGUCGACGGCACUGGAGUGUCAGCGAGCGUCGGGGGCGGUAUGCGGCAAGCGCGCCGCACCGACUACCGCACCGGCUUGGGAAGUCCACAGGUUGUGCUUCUGAUAUCGACUAUCGCCGACCUGUGCUUUGACGACGUGCUUCUGGCACAUUCCUGUUUCCCAUGCCGUCGUCGUGCACGUGUGUUUUGGCGUUGUCUCGGCUGCGCAUCCGAAGGGGGACGUGCGGCGCGAGCAACAACUUUUGUUGAACGGCUAGGUGGCAUUAUCACGGGAUUCUUGCAAUUAGAGUCGCAUCAUGAAUAGAUCAUUCUAUGUCUAUACUAGGAUGAACGGUAUGGGCAAAUUGUGUGAAACUGUCGGUGAUCAUCGCUGUCCUAGCGAACAUUGUUUCCGCCACAUGAUGUACGUUUACGCUGCACCACAUACGCUGCAUUUACGCUGCAAAGGUGGAUAUGUACCCUAUAUUGCUGUCCUAACUGAUGCAGAGAUGCCGGAGAUGGGCAGACAUGUUUUGUUAUUUCCACAUUUGAUCAAACGGCACGCAUUCUAAAGUAAUGCUAGCUGUUAAACUGGUGUCUGCGCGUCCAGGUACAUCGCUCGCCAUGAUUUGGUCACGGUUAAGCAUUUAUUGAAUACACCA